UCUGAAGCAAUUUGCUGGAACUUACAGAAAUAUUAUUUAAAGUUUCAGGACUUUUAGGAUGAAUUAUAAGUAAUGUUUUUUUCUUUAAUCUUUUGCCUGUCGUCACUUAGAGUGCUCAUGCCAAUUGUGUAGUUUGUGUAGUUUUCCUCGUUGAGCCGAACAUGAAAUUGUGAAAUAAUGGUAUUUAUGUUUGUGCAUUAUUUCGUUGGCAUUUACUUGCUUUGAUGUUGCAUUGAUUGAUUCUGUACUUCAGAGGAUACCAGGCUAUAAAUCAUCUAGUAGUCUGCUUCACUUUCAUAAUGAGGAUGGCAGCAGCGCAGGCAGAUCAAAUUUAGGAUGGGUUUGGAUGGAAAAAUAAAAAAUUAAAUUGGUUGGGAUUAGCUAGUUUGGAUGGAAACAUUUAAAAUUAUAGCACAAUAGAAAUCGUAGAUUUAAGCCUUUAGAUGGAAUGACAUUGACAAAAAAAAUUCUAUCUUUAAGUUGAUAAGAAAGAUUUCUCAUAUCCGAGUUUUCUUCAAAAGGAAAAAAAAAAAAUUGGCAAGAAGAAACUGUAUAAAUAGGUUAUUUGAUUGAAAGUUUGGAGAUUGAAGCAUUGAAUCAAUAUCACGUGGUUGGGAAAUUUAAAUCAAAUUAGCAUUUAAAGUACCUGAUGAUUUUAAUCUUCCUAAAAUUAAUGCAAGACAAAGAUAAAAGAUCGUAUCAGAAGUAAAAGCAGCAAGUCUGAUUCUUAAUACUAGAAAGGAAGUAAAAAAUAAGUGCAGGAUAAAGCAUGGUGGGGGUAGGAAAGAUUAUCUAAUUAUGGAAGCAAGAAAGUAUAAAGGGAGACAAUUAAUGAACCUAUUAGUAAUCCACAAAAAAUGUUUUUCGAACUUUUAAUUAAAAUAUUACACAAAUAUUGUUUCUACUUAUCUGUAAUGCUUCUUUUUAACUUUCGAGGAAACUCUUUACAUGUAAUAAUCUAUCAUAACAAAUGUAAGACUUCGGUUGGGACAUUAGAAGUUAUUUUUAAUCAUAUAUAUAUAUAUAUAUAUAUAUAUAUAAAAUAUGAUUAAAAUUAUAUGGCAUGAAAUCUCUCUUGCCACUAUGAGAAUUUUGAGGGGAUAUGAAGUGAUCCAUCAUCAUCAUCAUGUGCCUUUGUAUUGGGAUUUUUGCACGUAUGUGAAGAAUAUAUUGCCUUCGAAACCUCGAUUCAUCUUGAUAGCUUAUAUCCUUAACACAAAAAUAACGUCAAAUGGGAAGCAAAUAUGGUGGGUGAGAAUUCAUAGACAGCAAUAUAUCAACGGAAGUCAAUGGAAUUUAGAUCGUUAUACAAUAAAUCUUUCGUUGAAGAGCAAUUAAUGCCGUCCUUUACUUCUUACCAAUUGCAGCUGCAUUCAUGCAUGCAGUCUCAUCCUUUCUCGACCAUAUCAAAUCUGCAUCCACAUUUGUGCUUCCAUAUAUUACCCGCCGGCUUAUACACUAUUAUCCGUCCUCUCCCCUUUUCAUCUCUUCGUCUUCUGUUGAUCUUUCUUGGAUAGACCGGUGACAAAUCUGCAGUAGAGUAAUGCCGUCUGUAGUUUUGGCGAGUUCGGAUGGCGGCCCGAAGCAGUUCGAGGGGAAGAUCACGUCCUACGUGGUCAUCUGUGGGAUUAUUGCUGCCACCGGAGGAUUGAUGUUUGGAUACGACAUCGGCAUCUCCGGAGGAGUUACAUCAAUGGAUGACUUCCUGGAGAAGUUCUUCCCUGAUGUGUACGUGAAGAAACACCGGGCCAAGGAGAACAACUACUGCAAGUACGACAACCAAGGCCUGCAGCUCUUCACCUCGUCGCUCUACCUCGCCGCGCUGGUGUCGAGCUUCUUCGCCUCCAAGUCGUGCACCAAGUUCGGCCGGAGGCUCACGAUGCAGGCGGCGUCCGUCUUCUUCUUGAUCGGCGUCGUGCUCGAUGCCGCCGCCCGAGACCUCGCCAUGCUCAUCAUAGGGAGGAUUCUCCUCGGCAUGGGCGUCGGAUUCGCCAACCAGGCGGUUCCGUUGUUUCUGUCGGAGAUCGCGCCGGUGCGAAUCCGAGGCGCCCUCAACAUCCUCUUCCAGCUCGAUGUAACCAUCGGAAUCCUCGUCGCGAACAUCGUCAACUACUUCGCCUCGAACCUCCACCCGUGGGGGUGGCGGCUGUCCCUUGGCCUCGCCGGCGUGCCGGCCACGAUCCUGUGCUUGGGCUCCUUCCUCAUCACCGAGACGCCGACGAGCCUCAUCGAGCGCGAGAAGACGGAUGCAGGCUUGGCCAUGCUCAAGAAGAUCCGAGGAACAGAGAACGUGGAGCUGGAGUACCAGGAGAUCGCGCGGGCCUGUGAGACAGCGCGGCAGGUGAAGCGCCCGUUCCGGACGCUGAUGAAGCGGCACAGCCGCCCGCAGCUGGUCAUCGCCGUGCUGAUGCAGGUGUUCCAGCAGUUCACGGGCAUCAACGCCAUCAUGUUCUACUCGCCCGUCCUCUUCCAGACCAUCGGGUUUAAGAACGACGCCUCGUUGCUGUCUGCCGUCAUCACCGGCACCGUCAACACCCUCUCCACCGUCGUCUCCAUCGUCCUGGUGGACCGAGUCGGCCGGAGGAUGUUACUGCUCGAGGCCUGUGUUCAGAUGCUUCUCUCACAGGCUCUCAUCGGAAUCCUCCUGCAAGUGAAUCUGAAAUCAAACAACACGCUCCAUCAAGGAGUGGCAGUGCUGGUGGUGGUGCUGGUGUGCCUCUACGUGUCGAGCUUCGCAUGGUCAUGGGGGCCUCUCGGGUGGCUGAUACCCAGCGAGAUCUUCCCCUUGGAGACGAGGACGGCCGGCUUCGCCUUCGCCGUGAGCUCCAACAUGCUCUUCACCUUCCUCAUCGCGCAGGCCUUCCUCUCCAUGCUGUGCCACAUGCGGGCGGGCAUCUUCUUCUUCUUCGCGGCAUGGAUCGUGGUCAUGGGACUGUUCACCAUCUUCCUGCUGCCCGAGACGAAGAACGUCCCCAUCGACGAGAUGGUCGAGAUGGUGUGGAAGCAGCACUGGUACUGGAAAGGCUACAUGGACAAGGAGGAAGCCAAGGAAGACAAGGUUGACAUCAUUUAGGGUUGCUUCCUCGUUGCAAACUUCACCUUCUUCCUCACGCACGCACGUAGGCGACAUUUUCCAUCGAUGAUCUCAGUGUGCCAACACACUCAAGAUUGUUUCUUGAUUUCUUCUUUCCAAAACAAUGGUAGCUUUACAAGACAACAUUGAUUCUGUAGAAUCGCAAGAACGAUAAAUUCAAGAUGA